GAGAGAAUGUACCAAAAAACAUCCGUACUGGAAUAUUCUCAUAGGCGAGGACCACACGGGUGUCCUCAUCAAGGACAUUGUUGACUGGCUGAGGAAAGACAAGAUGAAGCCCAAGAAAGAGAAGAUGGAUGACUGGAGAAGGCUUCGUCUCGCUCUUAUCGUGAUCGUUGAAGGGGUAUUGCUUUGCAGUUCCCAACCUGUGAGAGCUUCUCUUCAAGUUGUCGAAAUGGUUCAGCAUUUGGAGUCGUUUGAAGCGUUUCCAUGGGGACGAGAAUCAUUCCUUCUGACAAUGCGAAUGGUUAAGGUCAGUCAGAAGGUUAACAGUCUCUCUGCCCUAAUUGCGAAGUUCAACCAGUCUCACUCUUCAACCCAUGGGUUCCCUCUUGUCUUCCAACUGCUGAUGUUAAAGGCCAUCCCAGUUUUUGAGAGAUACCUUAAUCAACCUGAUGAUACGCAGACUAUCAUUGAUGGGUCAAUCACUACUUUGCCUCCGUUGAAGACUUUUCACAAUUCCAACAUAAUGGAAACAGAGCUAAUUCCUGGGUUAAGGAUUGCCCCGCUGUUGUCUACUGAUGAUCCCCCACACCCAUCGAUCAACGAUUGGCCUGAUGAAGUCUCUGACCCGGCGAUUGACUAUAUGGAAAGCCUUAUUGGUGGCGGAUACAAGUUCUGCCAAGCUGACUGGAUUGGUGGGUGUCGUACUUGGCCAAAGAUAGUCGUUGAUGAGAACCCCAAAGAACCCAAUGUUCGCAAGACCAAGAAGGUACCUGUGAGACGUCCAAAUAUAAACUCUGACAUGCCUGAGUUUCCCCAGGGUGGUCCAUCUGGUUCAUCAAAAGGUAAAGGGAAGGUCGAUGAAGACUUUUGUCCCCCAGCAGGGACUGAAGGUAAAGAUGUUCUCCAUGCUCUGAUCAUGGAAGAAGUUAAUUCGAAGUUCCGUGACAUGAAAGAGGAAUUGAAGGUUGAAUUGAUGGGUGAAGUUUGUCGGAUGUAUGGAGUAGAGAAGUCUUUAUUGAAAGACGAACUCUUAGACGAGAUUAUUAGCAAUCUGCGCCAUGGUGGGAAGUUUCCAACAACCCCCCCUCCGAAAGCUGCUUCACCAGGUAAAAACAAACCAUCUGAGGGACAAACCUAUGGUCCCCCUAAUAAUGCAAAUGUAAACAAGGAGUCCGGGGGACACACAGAUGUCCCAUUAACGAACGCUGUUACUGAGGGACAAACGCAUGGUCCCCCAGAAAAUAUAAAUAUCAACAAGGUCCCUAGUGGGCAGACCUCUGAUUCCCCCCAUGUCCAGAUAGACCCUCCCGCCCCAAGUUCUCCUCAAUCGCCGUCUAAGGGGAAAAGUAAUUCUCAACUUUUGGAGGAGUUUCAGCGGCAAGCCUGGUCUGAGUACGGAGGAGUGUCUGAUGUUUUACAAAACCUCAACCAGUCUUAUGCAUCUCCCUCUGGUCCUGCUAAGUCUGGUCCGUUUGGACCUUCUCCUGGUCUUGUUGCUUCUGGUCCUUCUACCAUUCAUCCAUCUCCUUCUGGUCCUUCUUCCUCGAAGUUCUCUAUUGAUCACAACCCAAAAGACUUCCAAACUCCAUUGCCAACCAUUAGUGAGGACAACGCAGAGGAAACCGAGGACGAAGAAGUUGCAGAUGAGGUCCUGGUUGGAAAGUCUGUUAAAGAGAAUUUUCCUGAAGAUCACAACCCCAACGACUUCCAAACGCCUCAUCAAGAUGUAGAGGAGAUCAGUUCGGCUGAUGAAUCAGAGGACGAUCAAGAUACAGAGCAGGUUGCUGGUGGAAAUUCUUUUGGUGUGUCUGAGGACGUGGGAUUUGUUGGUGAGGAGAGAAGGGAAGCUAUAGAGAAUAAGUCUGUUGGUGUGUCUGAGCACGUUGAUGUUGUUGAGUGCGAGGACAGAAGAGAAGAAGUAAUUGAAAAGUCUGUUGAUGUCUCCGGGGACGAUGUUGAGACUGAGGUUUUAGAGGAUAAGUCUGUUUCUGGGGACCACGAACCCAAAGAGGGUGACGAGAGUAGUGGUGAUAGUGAAGGAAGGUCUGAAGACGAGGAUCACCAAGAUGAAGCUAUGGACGAGGCAAACAAAGCAUGGCCGCCAGAGCUUUUUAAAUCCUCAAGAGGUGCUGAUGAACAACUGGUUGACGAUCAAGAGGGAAAUGCUACUGGUGGUGUGGCAAUUUCAGAAAAAAGUCCCUCUGGGAAAAAGAGAAAAUCCUCUUCUCUUGGCGGGGAUUCUUCUAAGCCGAUCCUCCCUCCCAAAAGGGCAAGGAAUAAACCCCACCGUUUCCGUGACCCUAUUCCAGUCCAGGGACAAGAAUCCACAGGGACCAACAGUGUUUCCCAAUCAACUGAUGAGGUUUUGCACCCGUUUGUCCUAGUAAAUGAUGAUCUUCGGAAACAUUUCUUGUCCACUCUGAAAUCUUAUCGCCAGAGGGAGUUCGUCCUCGAUGCACAUGUUGUCCCCAGAUCAUUUUUUAAGGAUAUGCUUACUCCUCACCAUUCUGUCCACCAAGAGGUACGUUGUAAACCAAUGAUACCUAUUUUUGGGCACCAGUCUCUAUUUAUCUCUCCACAUUAA